GGCUUCCUCCGCCCCCAGCCCGCCCCCCACUUCUUGGCCGCGCUCCCAGGGCAGGCGGCGGCGCAUUGUGCGUCGCGGCUGCUCCCACUCGCCGGUGCUGGCUCCGUCCGGGGGCGCCGCCAGCCCUCACCCCCCCCGCGGCCGGCUGAGGACCGCAGGCCGAUAUGGCAGCGAGACGCGGGCUCUGUCCCAACGGGUGAGCAUCCUGCGGCCGGCUGUGCUCUCCAGCCCCUGCCUCCGCCUCGCCGCUUCCCUGCCCGGCGCCGCGAGCUGCCUUUUUUGCAAGUGGUUAAUCUUGUCCAUCAGAUUGCAUCCCUUGUCAGAAUUUUCCUGUGAUCUUCAGGAGCCUGUUCUGGAGUGUCCUAGCAUCUCCUAUUUAGUCCUGUUUUCUGCACCCAUUAGCAGGUUGAAGUUCAUGAGUUCGCCCAGCCUCAGUGAUCUGGGCAAGAGAGAGCAGGCAGCCUUAGAUGAGCGAGGGAACCAGCAGCGAAGGGCCUGCUCCAACGCUACCUGGAACAGCAUCCAUAAUGGAGUAAUAGCUGUUUUCCAGCGUAAAGGGCUACCAGACCAUGAGCUUUACAACCUCAAUGAAGGAGUCAGGCAAUUGUUGAAAACUGAGCUGGGAUCCUUUUUUACUGAAUAUCUACAGAAUCAGCUGCUAACCAAAGGCAUGGUGAUCCUGAGGGACAAGAUCCGCUUUUAUGAAGGACAGAAACUGCUGGAUACCUUAGCUGAAACGUGGGAUUUCUUUUUCAGUGAUGUCUUGCCCAUGCUUCAAGCUAUUUUCUAUCCUGUGCAGGGGAAGGAGCCCUCAGUUCGUCAGCUGGCUCUUCUGCACUUUAGGAACAUUAUAACCCUCAACAUUAAAUUAGAAGAUGCACUAUCACGUUCCAGAGCCAGGGUUCCACCUUCAAUUAUUCAAAUGCUGCUAAUUCUCCAGGGAGUUCAUGAAUCUAAAGGAGUGACUGAAGAUUAUUUGAAACUGGAAUCCUUGAUACAGAAAGUUGUUUCCCCUUAUUUGGGUACAUAUGGUCUGUAUUCCAGUGAUGGACCCUUCACACACUCUUCUUGUAUUUUGGAGAAGCGAUUCUAUAGACGUUCAAAAUCGGGUGACAUCCUUUCUAAGAACCCUGUAGUGAGAUCGAAAAGCUACAACAACCCACUACUGACCCCAGUAGCUGAGUACGAAACAGAGGGAAUUGCAGCCAGUGGCACUGGCAUCCGAAGACACUCUGUUUCUGAAAUGACUUCAUGCAUGGAGCUACAAGGAUAUUCUAAUCUCACAACCAUCAUGGACAAUGGUUCUAAAAGUUCUAUGACAGCCACCAAGAACUCACUCUCAGGAGACCAGGAAAGGCCCAGUGCCAGUUCAGUACAAUGUUCCAGCAAACUCAACACAGCUGAGCAACAGAAAGGAUUCUUCCACCCAAUGGAUGACCAAAAUACAGCUUUUGAGCUGGGCAGGGACCCUACCUUGAUUCCAGUCCCUUCUUCCAGCCCUGAGAAUAUAGUGGACCAGAUUUUGGAGUCAAUUGACUCUGAUUCUGAAGGAAUUUUCAUAGAUUUUGGCCGAGGUUCUUCAAAUUCAUCAGUAUACAAUGUGGAUGUCAGCUGCCAGAGCAUCAGGUGAAGGGCAAGGGAAACACAUCCUUGGUUGUAUUAUUAUAUUUAAAAGUAACUGGUAUGUUUGGCAGGAAAGCAGUAUACAUAGGGACAGAUUCUCAGCUGUUCUAAAUUAUCAUAGCUGUAUCAAAUCAUUGGAACAGUAAUAAUUUACACCUGCUGAGGCUCUGUCCCUGCCCAAAGAUUUUUUUUUAAAUACCAAACUUUUCAUUUUCUAUCCUUCAGCAGUCUAUUUCUUACUUUCUUUGUAAGAUUGUGAGGGGUUUCCCACCCCCACCCCCGAAUUGAAAAGUAUUUAAUAGAAUGCUGUUGGAGCGGGAAAUGUGCAUUUACUGACAUAGCCCUGUGAAUAGCUGUGUUCACUUUUAGUUUUGCUUUUCUUGAAAGAUUCCCAUAAAAGAAAAAAAAGGAAAAAUUGUUCUUUGAACAACAUGGUCUUGGUUGGAGUGGAGGGGGAAAAAUCACUUUAUGAAAGAGAUUUUGAAAACAAACAAAGGUUGCAGCCACAAAUGUAGCAGAAUACGAUGACAGAGUUGUUUUUUUUUUGUAUGUCUUGUAUGCACUCCUUUGGCCCACCGUAAGUUAGAAUUAUUUUUUAAAAAGGGCAAAUAAACAACAGUAAUGUUCUAUAUAGUGUGAUACAAUGCCUCAUGUCUAAUGUUUGUGUCACAAGCAUCUAUGUAUGAGAGUUGUUUCAAAACUGGUUUUUAGGACCAUGUUGAUUUGCUUUUUAACACAACACUUCCAAGAAUUCUGUAUGCUGCAAACUCUUGGACAAAUCCUGAUUUGUCCAUUCUGUGAAGAGAUUUCAGCAAGCUACACGUUACUUGUUUCUUGUGUAAAUAAAGUUAUGGCCUUUAAAUGGAAAUCUUUAUUAAAUGUUUAUAUUCUUAA